AUGGAAGCAACAGUAGAUCAUGUAUUUGAAGUUGAUUUUAAAUCACCAAUUAAAUCACCAUUGCCACCUGACAAGGUUCAUCUAUUCUCACCUCUACCUGGUAUCUCUCAGGAAGACCUACUCACUCAAUUUGAAAGAGCAAGUGACCUACAUGAACAAUUUCUAAAGGAACGUAGUGGACGUGGUGCCAAGGAUGUUCAAAGAUCACGACAAGUCAAUGAAAAGAGUAUCAUCAAACAACGUGAAGAGUUGGAAGAAAAGAAAGAGGAAUACAAGAAACAAAUGGAAAUAAAAGAAAAGAAUCGUGAAAAGACUCUGGCUGAAAAAAGGGAUAAAGCUGCUGCCAAAGUAUCAAGAUCAAAGGAAGUAGCUGCAAGAGUCAAACAAGAAAGAAGAAAAUCUUUGGAACAAGAACCAUAA